AUGGGUUCUGUACAGGCGAGAACUCGAAAUAAAAAAGGAGUUACGUAUUCCACAGAUAGUAAUGAAGUAGUUGAUUGUUUAUUCUGUCGUAUUGUACGAGGUGAAUCACCAGCUAAUCAGCUAUGGUAUCGUGAUGACCAAUGCGCAAUGUUCAUUCCUCGAACACCAGCUGCACGAUUACAUUUCUUAAUAGUACCAUUAGUGCAUAUUCGAAAUAUCAAUUCACUUACAGAAGAACACCGACCUUUACUUGAGCAUAUGAAAAAAGUAGCUAUGGAACAACUUCGUGUUCACGCUCAACAUAUUGGAUCGGCUGAAGCUCCGUUAUUACCUCUUGCAGCACCACCAGAUCAGUAUGCAUUUAAUCGAGGGCAUUUACCAGCGUUGCAUUCGUCAUCUGACGUCUACAAAGAUGAGACAACACCGAUAGAUUCAUCGUUUGACUUGUGUUUUCAUCGUCCACCAUAUAAUUCAAUAGAUCAUCUUCAUUUGCAUGCGCUGCAAAAACCUCAUCGAGUUUGGUGGAGCCGACUCACGUUUGCUGAAAAUGCACCUUGGCAUGGAUCAUUGCAUAGUGUUCUUCAUCUCUUAUCUUCACCGAAACCCAAAUUAUAA